GCAGUAAAAGAGCGAGCGAGAGCGGCCAAAACAACCAAAAUAAAGUUACGUGAAAUUAUAAAUAAAAAAUAAGGAAAUACACGUUCAGCUGCCGACCAGCCAAAUACAACAAAGCAACGCUGUAAAAACUGAAAACACAUUUCAGUUUAUUUCGCCUCGUGCCAUGUGAGCAACUUCAAAUUGAUAUUGAAUCGGAAUCAGUGUGCGGGUGGUGCUAAUUAGCGGAAGACGGCAAUUUAUUGAACGCGAAAAAAGCCCCACAAUCCAACUUCCAUUUCGACACGAAACCAACCACCCGCCAAAUCAAAUCGCCGUCGAGUUGUGCAUCAAAUGAAUGUGCGAAAAGUGCAGUAAAUCAAUGUUUUUGUGAGUGUUUGAAAGAAGAAGACGGAAGGAGCGCCCACAACAAAAGCAAAGAGAGCAAGACCUAACGGGACACCCGAAACCAAAAACCUAUCGGCACAACGACACUUUCUCAAUAGCUAUAGUUUUAGUUCAUAUGUUCAUAUCUCGGAAAAUGGACGAGGUCUUUAGCCUACACAUGGAGAAAUUGGACGUUUACGACGUUCUCUUUUUGGCCGGCAUUAUCUCCGUGAUAAUACUGAUAUUUAUUUAGUUCAAAUUGGAUCGCAAUCGGACGGAAAUGCAGAAGAAAACACAGCGAUGUAUGCGUUGUUUUGUUGUGAAAUUACACGAUAAAACAGCUGUUCAUUAGCCCUCCCAGUGUUGCAAAAUGCGCUGCCUACACUGCCCAGCCAACAAACAGUUAGCGGUAUUAUUUAAUUAAAUUAAUUGCAUGUUGAAAAUCAAUAUUAAAACUCACCCAAAACCAUAGCCAUGGAAUGCUAUUCAAAAACUGUCAACCAGACACUUUAUUUGGUUUGCUCAGACUUUCACUUUUUAAUUUCUCAACUGUUUAUACAUUUUAUUUGUAAAGACUGAUUGCUUGUACGUAGAUGUAGUUUAAUGCAAUAAAAUUAAAUGAAAUGUAAUACGUAAUAGUCAAUAAAUGUUUUAAAUAAGCAACAGUU